AUGUUUUUACCACUACGAUCUUGUUUCAGCGCUUUGUGCGGUAACCUAAAGAACGUUUCAGAGGUUUUGCGAGCGCAGGCGCCGCCCAGUACUGGACGCGUUCUUCACCAGCGCCCUCUAAGCAGAGGCGAAUCGGGAGGCACUUUACAGCAAGUUAUAGACGCGAAUGGACUUGGUGAUGUCUGUUGGCGACAUCUGCAGUGCUGGAGGAGCAGAUCAAGCGUGGGAGCAUUGGACAAAGUUCUGCGUGGGAACAGCGCUGGCAGCUCGCUUCCUCCAGCUAGAGGCGCAGCUGAAGCAGCACUCAAACUGCCUGCACGAUUCGAAAGCUACGCAUCGUCCCUAGUGCGACAUACCAGAGUGUCGAGUCACUUCGCUGAUGCGAAAAUCCUUCAACACGGGUACGGUACCAGCUUUGGGACUGCGGUGGGCCGAGGCGCCUUCCAGCGCAGCGCAUCCCGCACCCUGCGGUCGUUGCAGCAGCGCCUCGGGCGUCCACACGAGAAACCUCGUCGCCAGCGGGAGUCUCUUUUUACAGACGACUCGAAAUGUUUGCGAAUCGUAUCCAGUCGAGCGCAAGGCUCUGUAGAGGUACGUGGCCCCCGGAUACCGAGCCUGCGGCAAGUGCAGCUUCAGAGACGUGCCCAGUGCCAGUGGCGCUCACCCAGCCGCAGUACGGCUCUGUGCGCUCGAUACAUACGCCAUCUAGGCAUAUCGGCAACGAAAGCUGGUCCAGUGGAACACAUAGUAGAUGCUGCGAAAACCCCCGCGACCAAUACAUGGUUGCGUCCACCCAUCGUGACGGUUAUGGGGCACGUCAACCACGGCAAGACAACGCUACUCGAUGCGCUACGCGAGACGCAACUCGCUGGAGAGGAAGCCGGUGGAAUCACCCAAAAUAUUCGCGCAUUUCGAGUAUUCUGGGAGCGCAUCCUUGGACAGAGUGCUGACGUACCCUCGGUGCCUUGGAUAACCUUUCUGGAUACGCCAGGUCAUGAGGCGUUCACCGAGAUGCGAGCACGCGGGGCCUCUGUGACGGAUAUUGUCGUGCUGGUGAUUGCUGCUGACGACGGCGUGAUGCCGCAGACGCUGGAGGCUAUUCACCACGCUCGUGCAGCUGCAGUACCGAUCAUCGUCGCGUUGAACAAGUGCGACAAGAUCAAGGGCCGAGGCAUGGCGAUCUACAAGGCACUCGAGGAGCAGGCUGGUCUCUGUGUUGAAGCGCUUGGCGGUGAUGUGCAGUGCGUAGAGAUUUCAGCUCUGAAGCGACUACAUCUCGAUCGACUCGUGGAGGCGAUUCUCCUGCAAGCUGCUGUUUUAGAGGCAGAACGGACGACAAGCAUACAAGGUGCCGCGGAGGGCGUGUGCCUCGAGGCGCGCAUGGAUCGAGGCUAUGGUCUCGUGCUAGACUGUCUAUUCCGACACGGGAAAUUGUGUUCCGGAGAUAUCCUGGCAACACCUGCCGCCUGGGGACGCGUACGGCUUCUCUUGGACGAGCACGGGCGAAAAAUCCAAGAGGCAUGGCCGACACAGCCGGUGACCGUCAUCGGGGUGCGUCGCAACGAAGACGACUCAGAGAUCCCCGUCGAGCCCGGCAGUAUUGUUCGAACUGUUGAUAGUGAAGAGGCUGCCAAAGCUUUCGUACGAUCUGAGCGAUCCACUGCGGCGCUGGAGACCCCAGCGAGCACCGCUGCACGCGGUAGCGAAGCCACGCGCUCGGGAACCGCACAUACAACGGGUCUCGAGCUGAUCAUUCGUGGUACCUAUCGAGGUACCGUAGAGGCGGUAGCGCAAGCGGUGCAGCGCAUGAGCACCCCGAAUUUCCCCAUUCACAUCAUGCUUGCUUCAACUGGAGCGGUAUGCAAGGCCGAUAUUCUCCUGGCGUCGUCUUCUCUGGAUCGUCCGGCGCAAAUCAUUGCCUUCCAGACCAAGGUACCGAGGGCAAUCGCGGAAUUGGCGGCUAGGCAUCAUGUACCUGUCAAGUGCUUCACGGUGAUCUACGAGAUCCUCGACGACAUCCAGCAGCAACAGCGACGGGCCCAGAGCGACGAGCCCCAGGCUCCGGUUGCCACUGGCAGAGCUCGAGUGCAGCAGGUCUUCACAUACAACGCCGGCAAGCGGGUCGCUGACGCACUUAUUAUCGGCGGUUGCCGCGUGAUCGAUGGCGUUAUCUACAGGCGUCAUCCAGUGCGGAUUCUUCGACAAGGACAAUGUGUUCAUGAGGCGCGUAUCAGCUCUCUCAAGCAUUAUCGCGAAGAUGUUGCCCAGGUGCGGAAAGGCCAGGAGUGCGGUAUCGCCGUGGAGGGAUUUGCAUUCGCGGUGGACGAUGAAAUCAUCGGGAUAGCCGACAGCGGCUAA